UAAUCUGGUGGUUCUCCCUAACACAUAGCUCUUGUCAUCGGGGGCAGUGACCUCACCAGGCCCCUGCCUGGACAGGCCCCGGCGGGGAGGGAGGGUGAGCCCGGGCUGCAGGGCCCAGGACGCUGCCACUCGCAGGCUCCAGAGCUCACUCUGCGGGGACAGCGGGGACAGCGGGGACAGCGGGGACAGCGCGGCGGGCUCUGCUCUGCGCGCGGCCACGGAGCCUUCCUGUCCUGUCCCGGGUGGCGGCAGCGGCCAGGAGAAGGAAGGGAACCAUGUUCCCAGCCUGCCCACGCCUCUGGGUCCUGGUGGUCCUGGGCACCAGCUGGGCAGGGUGGGGAAGCCAAAGGGCGGAGGCAGCGCGGGUGAGGCAGUUCUACGUGGCUGCUCAGGUCAUCCACUGGAGCUACCGCCCCGAACCCACAGAUCCAAGUUUGAAUCCUUCUACAACUUCCUUUAAGAAAAUUGUCUACAGAGAGUAUGAAGCAUAUUUUAAGAAAGAAAAACCACGAUCCAGCAUUUCAGGACUUCUUGGACCUACUUUAUAUGCUGAAGUUGGAGACAUCAUGAAAGUUCACUUUCAAAACAAGGCAAGCAAGCCUGUAAGCCUCCAUCCUCAAGGAAUUAAGUACAGUAAAUUUUCAGAAGGUGCUUCUUACCAUGACCACACAUUCCUUGUGGAGAGGAUGGAUGAUGCUAUAGCUCCAGGCCAAGAAUACACCUAUGAGUGGGUCAUCAGUGAGGACAGUGGGCCCACACAGGAUGACCCUCCAUGCCUCACACACAUCUACUACUCCUAUGAAAAUCUGACACAGGACUUCAACUCAGGGCUUAUUGGUCCUCUGCUCAUCUGUAAGAAAGGCACCCUGACUGAGACUGGGACUCAGAAGAUGUUUGACAGCCAACAUGUACUGCUGUUUGCUGUGUUUGAUGAAAGCAAGAGCUGGAGCCAGUCCUCGUCCCUAAUGUACACAGUCAAUGGCUAUGUGAAUAGGACGAUGCCAGAUAUAACAGUUUGUGCUCAUGACCACAUCAGCUGGCAUCUGAUUGGAAUGAGCUCUGGACCAGAAUUGUUCUCCAUUCAUUUCAAUGGCCAAGUCCUGGAGCAGAACCAUCAUAAGGUCUCAGCCAUCACCCUGGUCAGUGCUACGUCCACUACAGCAAACAUGACCAUGAGCCCGGAGGGAAAAUGGAUCAUAUCUUCUGUUAUCCCAAAACAUCUUCAAGCUGGGAUGCAGGCUUACAUUGACAUUAAAGACUGCCUAAAGAAAACUAGAAAUCCUAUGAAACUAACUCGAGGCCAGAGGCGGUACAUAAAGAGGUGGGAAUAUUUCAUUGCUGCAGAAGAAGUCAUUUGGGACUAUGCACCUAUUAUACCAUCCAAUAUUGACAAAAAAUAUAGGUCUCUACACUUGGAUAAUUUCUCUAACCAAAUUGGGAAAAAUUAUAAGAAAGUUGUUUACAAACAGUAUGAAGAUAGCACUUUCACCAAACGCAUAGAGAAAUCCAGUAUCAAAGAAGAUGGGAUUUUGGGCCCUAUUAUCAGAGCCCAAGUCAGAGACACACUUACGAUCGUGUUCAAAAAUAUGGCCAGCAGAGCCUAUAGCAUUUACCCUCAUGGAGUGACCUUCUCUCCCUACGAAGAUGAAACCAAUUCUUCCUCCUCCUCAGGUGGUCACAUGAUCAGAGCGGUUCAGCCAGGGGAAACCUAUACUUACAAAUGGAACAUAUUAGAGUUUGAUGAACCUACAGAAAAUGAUGCCCAGUGCUUAACAAGACCAUACUAUAGUGAUGUGGACAUGACAAGGGACAUUGCCUCUGGCCUGAUAGGGCUUCUUCUGAUUUGUAAGACCAGAUCCCUGGAUAAUCGAGGCAUACAGAGGGCAGCAGACAUUGAGCAGCAGGCUGUGUUUGCUGUGUUUGAUGAGAACAAGAGCUGGUACAUUGAAGACAACAUAAACAAGUUUUGUGCAAAUCCUGAUCAGGUGAAUCGUGAUGAUCCCAAGUUUUACCAAUCAAACAUCAUGAGCACUAUCAAUGGGUUUAUGCCUGAGAGCAUACGUACUUUAGGAUUCUGCUUUGAUGAUACUGUCCAGUGGCACUUCUGUAGUGUGGGGAACCAGGAUGAUAUUUUGACCAUUCACUUCACUGGGCACUCAUUCAUCUUUGGAAAGAGGCAUGAGGACACCUUGACCCUCUUCCCCAUGCGUGGAGAAUCUGUGACUGUCACAAUGGAUAAUAUUGGAACUUGGAUGUUAACUACCAUGAAUUCCAGUCCAAGAAGCACGAACCUAAGGCUGAGAUUCAGGGAUGUUAAAUGCAACCGGAAUGAUGAUGAUGAUGAUUCAUAUGAGAUUUAUGAACCUGUGGCACCUACAGCCAUGGAAACACGGAAAUCGCGCUACUCUGCAGAAGAUGAACCAGGAGAAGAUGGUGCUGAGUAUGAUUACCAGGAUACGCUGGCUUCAUUAUUGGGAAUCAGGUCAUUCAGAAAUUCAUCACUGAAUCAGGAAGAAGAUGAGUUCAAUCUCACUGCCCUCGCCCUGGACAGUAGCCCUGAGUUCAUUGCCCUAAAUACAGAUAGAAAUAUUAGCUCAAAUUCUUCUUCCCCUUCAGAACCUCAGAAAACCCUUCUCCACCCAGAUGCCACCAUAGUUAGCUCCCCCCUGGAACAUCUCAUUGGCUUAGAUAAGAACUCAGUUUUCAAUUCUUCCACAGAAGAGCAUUCCAGCCCAUAUUCUGAAGACCAUAUGGAGGAUCCCCUACGGUCAGAUGGCACAGAGAUAAGCCUACUGCCACGUGGUACAAGAGGUUUCAGAAGUCAAGAACAUGGUAAACAUAAGGUAUCCAAGGCAGAAAGACACCGGGUAGCAAAGCACAGGCUCUCCUGGAUGAAAUUACUAGCCCAUAAAACUGGGAGACAUUCAAACCAAGACAACACUUCUUCCAGAAUGGGGCCCUGGGAGGACAUUCCUAGUGAUCUGUUACUCUUAAAACAAAAGAACCCAUCUAGGAUUUUGAAUGGGAAGUGGCACUUAGUUUCUGAAAAAGGUAGCUAUGAAAUAGUUCAAGAUACUGACAAAGAUCUGGCUGUUAAUAAGCUGCUGGACAACCCCCAGAACAUCUCAAGGACUUUGGGAGAAAGCCUCCAUCCUUCAAAGAAGUCAGAAAAGCAGAGUGUCCACUCAACAUUUUCUGGAGUUAGACAUAAUUCUUUACAUGUAAGACAGGAUGGAGGAAAUCGAGGCUUGAAAAAAGGACCAUUUCUCAUCAGAACACGAAAAAAGAAAACAAAGCUUGCAUACCAUGUUCCUCUAUCUCCAAGAAGCUCUCACCCCCUAAGAAGAGACACCCACAUCACCUUUGCUGAUAGAAGACUUAAUCACUCUCUUUUACUCCAUAAGUCCAAUGAAACAUCUCUGCCCACAGACCUCAAUCAGACAUUCCCCUUCAUGAAUCUUGGCUCAGUAGCCUCAAUUCCUGACCAUAAUCAGAACCCUCCAAAUGACACUGGUCAGGCAAAUUCUCCAGUUAUUUAUCAGACUAUGUCCCCAGAAGAACACUAUCAGACAUUUCCUGUUCCAGACACUGAUCAAACACAUUCUCCUACAGACCCCAGUCACAAAUCCUCUUCUCUAGAGCCCAGCCAGAUACUCAACUAUAACCUUAGCCAAGAGUUCCACCCUGUUGACAUUGGUCAAACAUCCCCUCCCUGGGAACAUGAAGUCCAGCACACUUACCUUCCAGACCUCAGUCAACCAUCCUUCUCUUCAGACCAGGGUCAGAUGACCCCUGCUCCAGAUGAUCAGAUGUCUCUUUCCCCAGACUUCAGUCAAACAAGUCUCUCUCCAGAACUUGGUCAGAUAAACUUUUUCCCAGAACCUAACCAGCCAUCUGCCUCCCCAGACCUCAGUCAAACAACCCCAUACCCAGACCUCAACCAGACAACUUCCCCAGACCUCAAUCAGGUGACCCCCUCCUCAGGCCUUAGUCAGACCACCACUAACCCAGAUGGUCAGAUGUCUCUUUCCCCAGACUUCAGUCAAACAAGUCUCUCUCCAGAACUUGGUCAGAUAAACUUUUUCCCAGACCCUAACCAGCCAUCUGCCUCCCCAGACCUCAGUCAAACAACCCCAUACCCAGACCUCAACCAGACAACCUCCCCAGACCUCAAUCAGGUGACCCCCUCCUCAGGCCUUAGUCAGACCACCACUAACCCAGAUGGUCAGAUGUCUCUUUCCCCAGACUUCAGUCAAACAAGUCUCUCUCCAGAACUUGGUCAGAUAAACUUUUUCCCAGACCCUAACCAGCCAUCUGCCUCCCCAGACCUCAGUCAAACAACCCCAUACCCAGACCUCAACCAGACAACCUCCCCAGACCUCAAUCAGGUGACCCCCUGCUCAGGCAUUAGUCAGACCACCCCUGCCCAAGAUGGUCAGAUGUCUCUUUCCCCAGACUUCAGUCAAACAAGUCUCUCUCCAGAACUUGGUCAGAUAAACUUUUUCCCAGACCCUAACCAGCCAUCUGCCUCCCCAGACCUCAGUCAAACAACCCCAUACCCAGACCUCAACCAGACAACCUCCCCAGACCUCAAUCAGGUGACCCCCUCCUCGGGCCUUAGUCAGACCACCCCUGCCCAAGAUGGUCAGAUGUCUCUUUCCCCAGACUUCAGCCAAACAAGUCUCUCUCCAGAGCUUGGUCAGAUAAACUUUUUUCCAGACCCUAACCAGCCAUCUGCCUCCCCAGACCUCAGUCAAACAACCCCAUACCCAGACCUCAACCAGACAACCUCCCCAGACCUCAGUCAGAUGACCCCCUCCUCAGACCUGAGUCAAACAGCCUCUUCCCCAGAUGUCAGUCAGGUGACUCUCUCUCCAGACUUCAGUCAAACAGUGCUUCCUCCUCAUCUCAAGCAGACAUCACCUCCUUCAGGCUUUGGUCAGACAUCCUACUCUUCUGAAUCUAAUCAGUCUUCACUUCUUCCAGAAUUUACUCAGACUUCUUCUUAUCCAGACCUCAUUCACAUGCCAUCUCCUAUGUCCAAUGACACUUUCUUAUCAAAGGACUUCAACCCGCUGGUUGUAGUGGGCUUCAGUGGAGAUGAUGGGGAUUAUGAGAUCAUUCCAAGGCAGGAAGUCAAAAGCAGUGAAGAAGAGUAUGUGGAAAAUGACUAUGUGACCUAUGAUGACCCCUACCAAAGUGAUACUAGGACAGAUACCAACUCCUCUAGAAAUCCUGACCACAUUGCAGCAUGGUACCUCCGCAGCAACUCCGGAAACAGAAGAUACUAUUAUAUUGCUGCUGAAGAAAUAUCCUGGGAUUAUUCAAAAUUUGCAGAAAGGGAAGUGGACGCUGAUGAAGACAUUAACCACUCUCCAGAGGACACCACAUACAAGAAAGUUGUUUUUCGAAAGUAUCUUGACAGCACUUUUACCAAACGUGACCCUCGGGGAGAGUAUGAGGAACAUCUUGGUAUUCUUGGUCCUGUUAUUAGAGCUGAAGUGGAUGAUGUCAUCCAAGUUCGCUUUAAAAAUUUAGCAUCUAGACCAUUUUCCCUUCAUGCCCAUGGGCUUUCCUAUGAAAAAUCGUCAGAGGGAAAGACUUAUGAGGAUGACUCUCCUGAGUGGUUUAAAGAUGAUGAUGCCGUCCAGCCAAAUGGCAGUUAUACGUAUGUAUGGCACGCCACUGAGCGGUCAGGGCCAGAGAACCCUGGCUCUGCCUGUCGGGCUUGGGCCUACUACUCAGCAGUGGACCCGGAGAAAGAUGUUCACUCGGGCUUGAUAGGCCCCCUUCUCAUCUGCCAAAAAGGAACCCUUCAUAAAGAGAGCAACAUGCCAAUGGACGUGAGAGAGUUUGUCUUGCUUUUUAUGGUCUUUGAUGAGAAGAAGAGCUGGUAUUAUGAAAAGUCCAGAAGGUCUUGGAGACCGGAAUCUUCAGAAGUAAAAAACUCCCAUGAGUUUUAUGCUAUUAAUGGAAAGAUCUACAGGCUGCCUGGCCUGAGAAUGUACGAACAAGAGUGGGUGAGGUUACACCUGCUGAACAUGGGUGGCUCCCAAGACAUUCACGUGGUUCACUUUCAUGGCCAGACCUUGCUGGAAAAUGGCACUCAACAACACCAGUUGGGGGUCUGGCCCCUUUUGCCUGGCUCAUUUAAAACUCUUGAAAUGAAGGCAUCAAAACCUGGCUGGUGGCUUCUAGACACAGAGAUUGGAGAAAACCAGAGAGCAGGGAUGCAAACACCAUUUCUCAUCAUAGACAAAGACUGUAAGAUGCCAAUGGGACUAAGUACUGGUAUAAUAUCUGAUUCACAGUUCAAGGCAUCUGAGUAUCUGAGUUAUUGGGAGCCCAAAUUAGCGAGAUUAAACAAUGGUGGCUCAUAUAAUGCUUGGAGUGUAGAAAAAAAUGCAAAAGAACCUGCCUCUACACCUUGGAUUCAGGUGGACCUGCAGAAGGAAGUUAUAGUCACAGGGAUACAAACCCAAGGCGCUAAACACUACCUAAAAUCCUCCUAUACUACGGAGUUCUUUGUGGCUUACAGUUCCGACCAAACCAACUGGAAGAUCUUCAAAGGGAACAGCACGAAGAAUAUCAUGUAUUUUGAUGGGAAUUCAGAUGCUUCUACAAUAAAAGAGAAUCAGUUUGAUCCACCUAUUGUGGCUAGAUAUAUUAGGGUCUCUCCAACAAAAUCCUAUAACAGACCUACCCUUCGAUUGGAGCUGCAAGGUUGUGAGAUUAAUGGAUGCUCCACACCACUGGGUAUGGAAACCGGAAAGAUAGAAAACAAGCAAAUCACAGCUUCCUCAUUUAAGAAAUCUUGGUGGGGAGAUUACUGGGAACCAUUUUGUGCCCGUCUUAAUGCCCAAGGCCGUGUGAAUGCCUGGCAAGCCAAGGCAAACAACAAAAAUCAGUGGUUACAAAUUGAUUUGCUCAAAAUCAAAAAGAUAACUGCAAUUGCAACACAGGGAUGCAAGUCUCUGACCUCCGAAAUGUAUGUGACUAACUACGUCAUCCACUACAGUGACCAGGGUGUGGAAUGGAAACCUUACAGACAGAAAUCAUCCAUGGUGGACAAGAUUUUUGAAGGAAAUACUGAUACCAAAGGACAAGUGAAGAACUUUUUCAAACCACCGAUCAUUUCCAGGUUCAUCCGCAUCAUUCCCAAGGCGUGGAAUCAGAGUAUUGCCCUUCGCCUGGAACUCUAUGGCUGUGAUAUUUACUAGAAUUAAAUAUCCAAAAACUACAGAAAAGACUCUAAGAUAUCAAACAAUUUAGAGUGGGCAGUGUGUUUCAUAACUAUUUUAAAUGUCAUCAAUUUCCACUGCUUCUCUUUUUUUCUAUUAGAGAAUAAAAUUGUAUAUUAAAAAACUUUUAUAAUGUAGCUCAUUGCUUCCUUAAGUAAGGCAGUGACUAUUAUUUCUGUAUUAAUUUGAAUAUAAAUGGGAAAAUAUCAAGAACCCAAAAGAAAAUGGCUUACCUCUCACAAUGAUUUAAAAUGCUAUAUACAGUAAUCUUCACAUAUUUAAUAUGCUUUGUUAUAGCUCUUUAAAU